UGGAAUAUUAGUUCUAUUAGCGAAGCUGUCGCAAGCAGUGAGCAAGCAAGUUUUGUGAUAUAAAACUAACAAGCUAGCUUAAGCUCGUGUAAGGGAGCGCUGUUGAGUAUAUUCCCGGAAAAAUGGCAGAAUCCUCUGAAUGUGUAACUAAGAAAGGGCAUGUACUUCACAAGGGAUAUAUAGACCAUUUAGAUGAGCUCUAUAAUUUUCCAGUAAGGGACCAAGAUGUUUGGAUAUGCGGGUUUCCAAAAUCAGGUACGACAUGGACUCAAGAAUUGAUUUGGAUGAUAAUGAAUAACCUCGACUUUGAAGGAGGGAAGGAGGAUAUCCAUUACCGAGUUCCAUUCCUUGAGCUCUCUUGGUAUAAGGACAACGCGGAAUCUUUUUAUCUGGAACCGCUGCGUGAUAAUAUAGGCUAUAUCAAGAAGAAGUACCAAUCUGGACCUGUGUGUCUGAAAACUCACAUGCCUUGGGUAUUUUUGCCGAAGGAUAUCCAGGAGGGUUUAAAAAAGACAAAGAUCAUCUACGUUGUAAGAAACCCCAAGGACGCAGCACUUUCUUUAUAUCAUUUCAUGAAAGCACUAGGAGAAUGCAAUGAACCAGUAGACGACUUUCUUGAAAAUUUUAUAGCAGGCAAUGCUGUCUAUUUGCCAUACUGGAGCCACGUAUUAGAAUUUUGGGAGCAACGACACAAACCCAACGUCAUGAUCCUGAGGUACGAAGAGAUGCUCAAGGACCUGCCUGGAAUGAUAAGAAAAGUAGCAAGCUUCUUGGAGAAGCCACUGACUGACGACCAAGUAGACCAGCUAGUGAAACAUUUGAGCUUCGAUAGCAUGAAGACCAAUUCUGCGGUCAACAACGAGAAGUUAAUUAAAGAAAGACGGCAAAUAAAAGGUCUAGGCGAAGCACAAACUGGUCAUAUGAGACGCGGCCAAGCAAAAAGUCAUAAGGCAGAGAUGUCCCCAGAGAUGAUUGAGAAGUUUGAUGAAUGGAUUAAUGUUAAUACGAAAAAUACUGACUUUGUAGUAGAAUAAUUAAUAUAUUUCUUGUAAAAAUAAUGUGAUUUGAAUAUUCUCGUCGAUAAAAGUUUUUUGAGUUCAUGCCUCUUUCUUCAGUGUAGGAUAUAGGAGCCAUGAAGAGAAGGUGUAUACAGAAUGUGAUCGUAGAAAAAUGAAAAAUACAAACAAUCCGACUACUUUUUUUUAUCCGAUUUUUUAACUGCCU